AAUCUAACAUUUUGACUUUUUCCUCUGUAAGGAGAGGGACUACUCGAGAAAGUUAGGUGACUUUCUACGAGUUAAUAAAAGAAUUUGGGUGACUGCGAGCAACUUCAUUCGUCAGCGGACCGUUACUCAUCCGCGACUUUGCGCACAGCAGUCCGGCUACGGUGGAUAGUCAUGCUAUAGACUGAUAGAAGCUCAGGUUCGCAUGACAGAAACCAUGCAAGGAAAACUGAGCAGAGGAGCCCAAACACUGAGGCUGCUGCUCUGGUGCCUUGUCUUUGCCACCCUCGCGUCCCAAGUCUCAGCAGGUGGCAAGAAGCACAGCGGCCCAUGUGGAGGACGAGACUGCAGCGGAGGCUGUAAAUGUUUCCCUGAGAAGGGAGCCAGGGGUGCGCCUGGACCUGUUGGACCCCAGGGCCACCCAGGCCCCCCAGGCAGGCCAGGAGAUCCUGGAAUCCAAGGACACAAGGGAGUAAAGGGUGACGGAGGCCGCUCUGGCAUCAUUGGUCCUAAAGGAGAUGUGGGAAUGAUGGGCGUACCAGGAUUUUCUGGGAGCAACGGUAUUCCUGGUCACCCAGGACUCGCUGGGCCCCGAGGGAAACCAGGAGCCGACGGUUGUAACGGGACAGCAGGGGAGCCGGGCUCCCCAGGGUUUAUUGGACGGAAUGGUGAACCUGGAUUACCGGGCCAACCUGGCAGGAAGGGAGAGAAGGGAGACACCUUGGAAAUGUCGGUCUUUAUGGAGCGAUUCAGGGGGGACCCGGGACUAUCAGGACCUAAUGGAUUAUUUGGGCGUCCAGGGAGCAUGGGGCCACAAGGUAACCCGGGAAUCUUUGGACCGAAGGGGCCACCCGGACCUCCAGGGCCGCCUGGACAGAAGGGCACCAUGACAACCUUCCUGAAGGGGGAGAAAGGAGAGCAGGGGGAAAUCGGCCUGCCAGGGCUGCCAGGGAAUUCCAGCCAUCCUUUCAUCGGCUCAGACGUGGGACCAAUUGGAGAUCCGGGUUUGAAAGGAGACAGAGGAGAAGAGGCUGAUAACCGAGGAGAAACUGGCAUCAUGGGAUUCGCAGGACCACGUGGUCUUCCUGGGGCGCUGGGUCCACCUGGGCUGCAGGGUGAUUCUGGUGACCGAGGAGAGAGCGGCAGUCAGGGUUCGAAGGGGGUCAGAGGUGAACCAGGAGAGCUCCUCACCUGGUCUUGGUCUCCCAGCUCUGGUCCUGCUGGCCCCCCUGGUGAGCCAGGAGCUCAAGGUGUAAGAGGUCCAAUUGGAGACCAAGGCAUCCCCGGACCCCCUGGACGAAGACCAUCUUUGACCCAACAACAAGUUUACGACUUCACCGGACCGUUCGGAUGGAAGGGUGAGCGAGGAGAGAAGGGUCAGCAAGGUGACCCUGGGUUUCCAGCACUAGUUCCAGGACCUCCUGGCUCUGAUGGGCGACCAGGAGCUCGAGGACCUCCUGGUCCAAAAGGAUCAUGGAGAGUGGUACCCGAUGGGGACCCUGGUGGGAGUGGACGUCCAGGCAGUCCGGGUCGUAAAGGAAACAAAGGUGAUCACGGGGAGUGCAAGUGCUCCUCUGUGGACUCCAAAAUAGGGCCACCUGGUCCUACAGGCGAACUUGGUGAUCCGGGAAUGUCUGGAGAGUUUGGUCGGGACGGCGAUUUGGGAGAUCAAGGUCCUCCAGGGGAGGACGGAAUUCCUGGAGCACCUGGUAUCCCUGGUUUCCCUGGUGCUAAAGGCCAAAAAGGUGCCCUCUCUGUGGCCAACCAAAAAGGAUACCCUGGUGAAAUAGGUGAGCCAGGGCAAGAUGGCUCCCCUGGAGUGCCAGGUGGGCCGGGUCGGAGUGGACUUCCUGGUUUUCCUGGCAGCCGUGGUCCUCCAGGAGACGCUGGACAGGGAGAGCGAGGAGACAAAGGGUUGCCUGGUUUUCCUGGUCGACCUGGUGAAACUGGGUUGAGGGGAGUACCUGGAGUGGAUCUUGUAGGAAUCAAGGGUCAGCCAGGGCUGCCUGGAGAUGACGGACUUGCCGGUUAUGAAGGAGUCCCAGGAACGCCCGGUAGUCCAGGCGGCUGUAGUCCGACAGCAGAUGGAGAACAGUCGGAUCUAACAGGUAGUCCAUGUAGCUCCUACCCAGGACCUCCCGGGCUCCCUGGUCUUCCAGGUACAAGUGGACAACCAGGAAACCCAGGGUCUCCAGGACUUAAAGGAUCCUAUGGUGUUCCUGGUGCACAAGGAGAGAAAGGAGAAGCAGGAGAAGCGGGUGUCGGCGGUCUUGUUGGACCUCCAGGUUUUCCAGGCCAGCGUGGAGAACAUGGCGAUCCAGGCACCAAAGGUGUUGUCGGAAGUCCAGGCGUUCCUGGAGUGUCUGGUAGAAAUGGUGUACAGGGUGAAAAGGGGGCUCAUGGGGACGUCCUUGAUGCCGCUCCUGGACCUACUGGUGACCCGGGACCUCCUGGGUUUCAGGGGUAUAAAGGAGAAAUUGGGAAUCCAGGGGAGUCAGGCUUUCCAGGGAUGAUGGGCAUGCCCGGGAUGAUCGGCUUCAAAGGUGAGCUCGGACCAGCCGGAGUCCAGGGAGAAGAGGGAAGGCCAGGGCUCCCUGGGAAAUAUGGCUACCCCGGUGAACAAGGAAAUGUUGGUCUACCUGGACCAGCCGGUGCCUUUGGACUUCCAGGUCGUUCUGGAGAAAGGGGUUCAGGAGGAGACCCAGGUCCACCAGGCCCAGCUGGGUUAAAGGGACUGCCUGGCUAUUUUGGAGAUGAUGGAGUUUUGGGAGAUUAUGGACCCAUUGGUAACGCAGGAGCGCAGGGAUUAGAGGGAAACCCAGGUGUUCCUGGGAUGAAAGGAAAGCUCGGAUCUCCUGGCAUGCCAGGCUUCAAUGGGAUGAUAGGACUGAAAGGGUUGCAGGGCUUCAGUGGGGAAAAAGGGGAAACUGGUCUCCCUGGAGAAGUAGGUCCUAAAGGAGUGUAUGGCAUCAGUGGAGAAAAAGGUGACCGUGGACUGAUGGGACCACCAGGAGAGAAGCCAAAAAUCACACCCAAAAGUAUUUCUAAGAUGAAGGGCAUCAAGGGAGAGACUGGGGAGUUAGGAAAUCAAGGGUUCACAGGACAGAGAGGCCUUAAAGGUUUGCCAGGUGUACCUGGUCGAGGGGGUUUUCAUGGCCACCCUGGGGACCCCAGCAAUAAGAAGGGCCUCCAAGGAGAUCCUGGAGCACAGGGGCUGCCAGGGGUGAAGGGAAUGCCUGGUCUCACUGGGAAUCAAGGCAUCAGCGGUUUUGAUGGAAUGAGUGGUGAUAAGGGACUUAAAGGAAGUCCAGGUGCUUAUGGUGCAUUUGGAGAGAGAGGGAGGAAGGGGGGCAAAGGUGAAAAAGGGGCUCGCAUUGACCUCCCUGGAUCGCCAGGUUUGAGAGGGGAACUAGGUCAUGAUGGAGAGCCAGGUCCUAAAGGCACAAUUGGAAAAAUUGGGGACAUGGGACCCUCUGGUUUCGAUGGCGUUGUUGGUAAAAAGGGCUUUACCGGUGAACCAGGCCAACCAGGAUUCAAAGGAUGGGAUGGUCAACAAGGAAGUCCUGGCCAUCAAGGGCAAAGGGGUUUUCCGGGAACGCCCGGUAAAGACGGGCUGCCUGGCUUCAUGGGAUUCCCUGGAAACAAAGGGUUUCCUGGUCUGAAAGGUCUCUAUGGACUACAUGGACUGAAGGGACAAAAGGGGAACCCUGGAAAUGCAGGUCUGAAUAGCAUAGGAGCAAAUGGCCAACCUGGACCCCAAGGGCAGAAAGGAGAAGACGGUGACCCCAACAGUGAGCCAGGAAUUCCUGGCACACUGGGUCUAAAGGGCUUUCAAGGCCCUUUUGGUGACGCAGGCCAUCCGGGACCACCAGGAUUGCGGGGUCCUAUUGGUCCAAAUUCUACGGAUGAACUGCCGGGAUAUCCGGGCGACGUUGGGUAUCCAGGGGCCAAAGGAUACAAUGGUUAUCCCGGAGCCAGAGGUCUUCCUGGCUGGGACGCUCCCCCUGGAGAGAAGGGUACUCUGGGAUCUUAUGGGUUUCCGGGACUCCCUGGCAGGAGAGGAAUUAAAGGAGACCAGGGAGUGUUUGGAUACAGAGGAGAGGCCGGAGUGUUUGGAAAAAAAGGGGUGAGAGGGGAUCAGGGAUUGAUGGGUAUCCCCGGCGCUGCCGGGCGGAACGGAGACAGAGGUCCUAAAGGUCCAAAAGGGGAUUCUGGGCAGCCAGGUUUCCAAGGCUUACCGGGGAAACAAGGUCCUGCACCACUAGCCAUAAAAAUUCCUGGGGAAGGGGGAUUACCAGGACCACAGGGCAUCAGAGGGCCUAGUGGAAACAGAGGGGAAACAGGACCACAGGGGCCUCCAGGAGAUGCCGGAUUCCUGGGGCCCAUCGGCCAGAAGGGCAUGCCGGGCAUCAGCGGUCGACCGGGAACUCCAGGAUUCCGUGGAGAGCCCGGUCAAGUGGGCCACCCUGGCCUGCGGGGCAUGGAAGGGCGACGUGGCAACACUGGGGUCCCGGGGCUUCCUGGCAUGCCUGGACGCAGCGUCAGUGUGGGCUACCUGCUGGUGAAGCACAGCCAAUCAGAGCAGAAGCCCAUGUGUCCGGUGGGGAUGACAAAACUGUGGGAUGGAUACAGCUUGUUGUACCUGGAGGGUCAAGAGAGAGCCCACAACCAGGACCUGGGUCUGGCGGGCUCCUGCCUCCCUCGCUUCAGCACCAUGCCCUUCCUCUACUGCAACCCCGGGGACCUCUGCUACUACGCCAGCAGGAACGACAAGUCCUACUGGCUCUCCACCACCGCACCACUGCCCAUGAUGCCGGUCGAGGAAGAAGAGAUCCGGCCCUACAUCAGCCGCUGCUCCGUCUGUGAGGCUCCGUCAGUCGCCAUCGCCGUCCACAGCCAGGACAUCAGCAUCCCGCAGUGUCCGGCGGGCUGGAGGAGCCUGUGGAUCGGCUACUCCUUCCUCAUGCACACGGCGGCGGGCAGCGAGGGCGGCGGGCAGUCCCUGUCGUCUCCUGGAUCCUGCCUGGAGGACUUCAGAACCACGCCGUUCAUCGAGUGCAACGGCGCCAAAGGAACGUGCCACUACUUCGCCAACAAGCACAGCUUCUGGCUGACCUCCAUCGACCAGUCCUUCCACGCGGAGCCGGCAGCAGAGACACUCAAAGCCGGUCAGCUGCUGACCCGCAUCAGCCGCUGCCAGGUCUGCAUGAAGAACCUGUGACAGGUGGCAGUGGCCCACCAUAGACUCUAAUGGGGACGGGUUCGGGGUUCAAUGGUGCUAUGACGGACAGUGACGCGCUCUCGCUACACGUUAACCACUCACACUUCGUCGUCUCUACUCCAGUUUGUGUUCCACUCAGAUGCACUGAUUUAUUGUAUUUAUAACCGGAUGAAUGUGCGACAGUGUGUAUCAAAAAUGGGGGCGGCCAUUUUUUUUUUUUUUUUGCAUAAAACCUCUCUAGAUUUAUUUCACUGUAAAGUACAACAACUUAUCUUUAGUCCUAACUGACCCACACUCAUGUUUCUGGAUGAUUUCGUCACUUUGUAUUAUCUUCUGUUGCAGUACUUUGGAAUUUCACUUCACAGAUCUGCAGGACACUGUGAAAUAACAUGCGUUUUGAGGGAAAAAAAGGUUUUUCAAAAAGCUCUGCAUAGCUUCCUCUCUGCUCUUUGAAGGACCUUUACAUUUCAGUUUCAGUAUCAUUACUCAAUUUUAUUUAAAAAAUCUUCCUCAUAUUUUUUUUCAAUAAAAAUAGCAGCAAAAACUACAGAUGUAUUUUCUCCUUUGGGUCAGGUGUUUUAUCAACCUAACAUUCGUGGAUGGCAUAAUCUUCUCUAUAGCUUCUCACCACCAAAUACUGUAAAUACAGUGUAUGCCUCUGUUUUGUUUUGUUAUGUAAAGAAGAAAGAAAAAUAAAUGCCUUCAAAAAAU